CCAACAUAAUUUAUAACGGAUCCCGUCUUCCCUCAGCGAAUCACAAUUCCUUGGUCCUGUAGGAAUCAGGUGGUCGUCCAAGAUGGAAUUCAUUGUCUACGUGUUCACGGCUGGCAGUGAUCACACUGCACACGAGGGCAAUCCUCGCCGCUUCAAGAUCUCCGACAGCCCAGAGCUAUGCGGCUGGACGAAAGUGCAUGAGUUCAAGGCUUUCCGCCAGCAAAUUCCUGGCACCAUUCCCAUCUUUGUCUCCGAAACUGGUGGCGGACCAACGUACCCUGGCUGCAACCCACACCGCUUCCGUGUUGCCUUGGACAGCGGUGUCCCGACGGGAUGGACGCGCGACUCGCUGAUCUUCUACGCGUACCAGGCGCCGGCUGCGGGCACUGUUCCGCACUACGUGUUUGAGCGCGGCGGUGGAGACCCGGCCGCUGGCAAUCCCGCACGCUGCGAGAUCACCCUGAACCCGUGCCCGUCGUACUGCUGGGGCACCAAACUGAUCUUCCACGCUGUGCCGGCCGACGACCCCAACAAGAUGCCCGUGCACGUGUACACGGCCGGUGACGAUAGCCGUGCCAGCCAGGGCGAUCCCUUCCGCAACAAUAUCUCGCUCGAUGGCCACGGCCCUUCCCAGGCUGGCUGGUUCAAGGUGAUGGAGUUCAAGGCGUUCCGCUCCCCGGUUGCUGGAUCCGUCCAGUACUUUGUGUCCGAAACUGGUGGUGGUCCGGUUCAUCCUGGCUGCAACCCUCACCGCUUCCGCGUUCACACCGACAGCGGCGUUCAGACCGGCUGGACACGGGACAACUUCACCUUCCACGCGUACCCGACACCCACGCCGGGAACAAUCCCGUUCUAUGUGAUGGAGCGUGGCGGAGGAGACCCAGCUGCUGGUGACCCCGCACGCUGCACGAUUGCCAUCGAUCCCAACCCGUUGCCCGGGUGGUACGUGAAGUCCACGUUCUAUGCCUACCCGUCGUUCAACCCAGCCCUGCAGAACAUCUACGUCAUGCUGUCGGGCGAUGACCCCAACGCUCACCUUGGCGACCCCAAGCGCUUCAAGUUUGCGCUGGAGGGCACCAAUGAGCCAGACUCUGGCUGGCGCCGUGUCACGGCUUUCAAGGCCUUCACCAGCCCGGUGCCAGGCACCACCCAGUACUUCAUCUCUGAAGCCGGUGGUGGACGUGUGCAGCCCGGCUGUGACCCGCACCGAUUCCGCUGCGGCACGGAGAGCGGCGUGCUGACCGGCUGGAAGAAGGACAACUUCAGCUUCUGGGCGUACGCCAACCCGACCGCCGGCACGGCCGUGUUCUACGUGAUGGAGCGUGGCGGUGGCGACCCCACCCAGGGCGACCCGGCGCGCUGCGAGAUCACCCAGCACCCCGUGCCCACACCCGGCUGGCACAUCAGGUUCAAGUUCUACGCCUACCCGUCGCACGAGAUCUAUUGAGUGCGCACGGCGGCAGCAAGCAGGCGAACAUGAUGACGACGAUGACGACUACUUCUUUCACUGCUGUUUCUUGUGUACCAGUAGCUGGUCAACGAAGUUCCUUGUGCUAGUAGCUGCACUGCUUCUUGCCAGCGUUUUCUAGUACUAGCUUUAGCAUCACAUUUUAUCAUUUUACCCCUUUCCAGUUUUCUAUGUUUUUUAUUCCAUUGGCCGAACACCAAGGAUUGGAAAUCGAAUCUAUGUUUAUCUUACCUGCGGAAAGGCUUUCUACUUUCUCAGGCAAAAUUUUCAUUGCCAGGUGUUUUGGCCUUUCACUUUUCCCUGGCUGCACUGUUCUAGCCAUCUUCUCUCUGAGAAUUCUUUUAUUUCGUGAGAUGGAGUAUUUACCAAGCUUUA